AUGAGUGUAAUUACUCAUGUAGUAAUAGGAAGUUCUGCCCCUAAAAAAUUGCAAAUUGGAGUUAAAAAGCGGCCUGCUGAAUGUCUUAUAAAAAGUAAAAAAGGAGAUCUUCUCCACAUGCACUAUACGGGUACAUUAGAAGAUGGAACUGAAUUUGAUAGCUCUAUUCCCCGAGGCAAUCCAUUAACUUUCACAUUAGGUUCCGGUCAAGUCAUCAAAGGAUGGGACCAAGGUUUGAUUGGCAUGUGUGAAGGGGAACAAAGGAAACUGGUUAUACCACCUGAACUGGCUUACGGAGCGGCUGGAGCACCGCCCAAGAUACCUCAAUCUGCAACUCUUACAUUCCAUGUAGACUUAGUUAAGAUUGAAAGAAAAGAUGAAUUGUAG